AUGAGCCCCUCUUCCAAGGACACCGACGCCGCAGUGCGAGCGACCAGCAUUGAUUUCGGUCGUGACUACGGCACCACGGCCUCUGGCUCGUCGCAAGCACCUGCGGAGCACGGCCAUCCCGAGAUCGUGGAGGCAAGCCCGGCGCGCGGAAUCAACGCGACUGGUUCUGCGGCGACGAAAUCAUGGCGCUCCAAGUUUGCAUAUUUCAAGACCAAGGAUUUCUGGUUCAUCCUGCUCCUGGGGCAGAUACUGGCUAUCUGCAUAACGGGCACCAACACUCUAACCACCCUUCUGGUUAUUGAGGGAACCAGUAUCCCGGCCUUUCAAACCCUGUUCAAUUACGUAUUGCUUAAUAUCAUAUACACCAGCUACACUUUGUACAGGUACGGCUUUAAGAAAUGGACCCAGUUGCUACUCAAAGACGGCUGGAAAUAUAUCAUUCUGGCCUUCUUUGAUGUCGAGGGCAACUACUUCACCGUCCUCGCCUACCGCUACACAACCAUCCUGUCCGCACAGCUGAUCAACUUCUGGGCAAUCGUGGUGGUGGUGGUUAUCUCGUUCAUCUUCCUCCGGGUGCGCUACCACUGGGCUCAGAUUCUUGGAAUCUUCGUGUGCAUCGGUGGGAUGGGGAUCUUGCUCGCAUCCGACCACAUCACGGGGUCCAACGGUGGCGACAUCAGCAGCGGUAAUCAGCUCAAAGGGGACCUUUUCGCGCUCGUUGGUGCGACAUGCUACGGUCUGUGCAACGUGUACGAGGAAUGGUUCGUCUCCGGACGGCCUUUAUACGAGGUCAUCGGACAGCUGGGUUUCUGGGCAACGAUCAUCAACGGUGUUCAGGCCGGCAUUUUCGACCGUCAGGCAUUCCAUGAAGCGACCUGGAACGGCAAGGUUGCCGGUUAUCUGACCGGCUAUACUUUGAUUCUGACGCUUUUCUACACCUUGGUCCCGAUCUUGUACCGCUUUGCCAGCGCCGCAUUCCAAAACAUCUCGCUCCUGACCGGUAACUUCUGGGGCGUCAUCAUUGGCAUCCGCGUCUUCCACUAUAGUGUGCACUGGAUGUACCCGAUCGCAUUCACGCUCAUUAUGGUUGGUCAUUUUGUCUAUUACCUGGGAAAAGGCGUCUUGGGCGAGGCGGCGAAGGCGUGGCUCGGCGAGAACCAGGAGAAGGGCAUCGACGGCUUCGGCUCGGCGAAGAGACGAAUUCGAAAGAUGCAGGAGAGCGAGGCGGGGCCGAGGGGCGGCGAGGGAGUCGAGGGCGCCGGUGUAGUGUGA